GAUGAAUCCCAAUCCCAAUCAGCAGGGUUUCAUCCCUCCACAAGGUGGGAGUUUUGGAAUGGAGGGUUCUGAAUCAUGGAGUUCAUUCAGCUCAUCAUCAGCUAACCCAUCCGUGGAUCCUUUUAAUCAUGAUCGGUUUCAUUCUCAAACGAUGCCGCACUGGGUUCCGCAGCACCAUAUACCACCUCCUCGACCUGCUCGACCUCCAAUUUGGCAAGAUCCGAUAGGCACAGCUGGCCAGACGUCCAGGGCAAGCUCUAGAGGAUCUUCGAACGGUCCAGCUCUUUCUCGUCAGACAUCCAGGGCAAGCUCAAGGGGAUUAGCCACUGGUCUAGCUCAUAAUCAAGGUGCCUUUGGUAACAUGUCUGGGCCCAAUUCUCUAGCCAACCCCACAAACGGAGCUGUUUCCGCUGAAAACAAGACAGUCAUCACCUCACUUGAUGACUGUCCGGACUUUUGGAAUAUGUCGGUGGCCGAGUUAUACGACUGGCAACGCUUUGUAGACAUACAGGACCAACAUGCCCGCGACUUUUUCACAACUGCCUUGAAGAAGGCUGAGGAUGACCUCGAUCGGGAUCAAUCAAACACUCCCCCACCUCCCAGCUCUGCAUCACAACGGGGCCGACGUCAACAAGGCCGAACCAGUUCAACCCCUGCUCCUGCAGCGGAAGGAGCAGAGAACAAACAGUUCAGAUUC